AUGCCGAUAAAUACAGAAAAAUCUCCUCAUUAUGAAAUCGGAUACUUGUACCAAGUAAUUAGUAUUUAUAUUAGUGCGUUGUUGUUUUGUGCAGUGGAUAGCAGCACCCUUUCAAUGAUCAUGUUUGGAUGUGCGGAACUUGAGAUUAUUAUUGAUAAAAUACAAAAGAUUCGCGAUAUACCAAUCUCGAGAGUAAACAAAUCGGAUUGCAGAAAAAGACUUACAGAAAACAAUAAACUGUUUAUGGAAUGUGUUCGACACCAUCAAUGUGUAGUUAAAUUUAUCGAAUUAGUAGAAGACACGUACCACGCUAACAUUUUCUUCCAGCUAAGUGGAAGCGUGGGAAUUAUCUGCAUUAUUGGGUUAAGAAUUGUUAUGACUGAACCAAGUAGCGUACAAUUUUAUUCGAUGCUAAAUUAUAUGUUAACAAUUCUAUCACAGUUAUUCUUGUAUUGUUGGUGUGGCAACGAACUGACUUCUAUGAGUCAAAAUCUACGCGAAUUUCUAUAUUUGUGCCCAUGGUACGAGCAGAAUAUACCUCAUUUCCGUCGCUCGCUGAUUAUCGCUAUGGAGAGAAUGAAGAGGCCUAUCAUAUUCAAAGCCGGCCGUUACAUUCCUCUUUCAAGACCUACUUUCGUAUCCAUUUUGCGUUCGUCAUACUCUUAUUUCGCCGUUUUAAAUCAGACAAAGAAGUAAUUGUUACGAAGUAAUAAAUAAGGGAAGAAUUUCAAAUUAAUUUAAUAUCUACUAAAUUACAACAAUCAUGUUAGUAUUAUAAUAUGCGAUCCA